AUGACAACAACAUCAUCGUCGAAAACACCGCUGGUACCGAGAUCGAAGAAACACUCGCCAUCAUGGUACAGGAGAAAUAUAGCGAGACCAUUAUCAAAACUAAAUCCAUCAAGAAUAUUUCAUGGUAAUGAUAAAGGUUUAACAUCCAGAUCAAUCUAUCUAAACGAAGAAUUACCAGCCGAAUUCUACGAUAAAAAAGGUAGGAUAUUGAAGAACAAAUCGUAUUCAUCAAAUCAAAACGUCACUUCGAAAUAUACGAUAAUAACUUUCUUGCCAAGAAAUUUAUUUGAACAAUUCAGAAGAGUCGCAAAUGUUUUCUUUGCAGCGAUUAACAUCCUACAAUUCUUUCCCAAAUUCUCUACUAUCUCACCUGGUUUAGUGAUAUUACCACUUAUCAUCGUAUUAUUGAUAACGGCAGUGAAAGAUGGCUAUGAAGACGUCAAAAGACAUCAAGCUGAUCAUAGAGUGAACCAUUCGAUCGUGCACAUUUUAGCUGGUGCAGAUCAUAAAAAUGAAAAUCCAAUGAAAGCUAAAUCGAAAACGUUCAUUCCAGCUAUACCUUUACCAAAGUUGAAGAGCAAAAAAGGGAAAAAGGCUGAAUUAUUGGAACAAAGUGGACAAAAUGGACAAGAGGCGGCUGAGCCAGUUCCCACAGCUCAACCUAGAGGUGGUGGGAAUGAAAGUCUGAGUAGGAUGAGAAGUCAAGUAUCAAAUUGGGAAGAUGAUCCGGAAGCUGGUGAUAAUCCUGGAGAAGUUGGAUGGCAUAGGACCAUUUGGGAAGAUGUCAAAGUGGGAGAUUUCGUCAAAAUCUAUGAUGGAGAUCAAUUCCCAGCGGACAUCGUCAUUUGUGCAACAUCGGAAGAAGAAGAUGUAGCCUAUAUAGAGACCAAGAAUCUCGAUGGAGAAACCAACUUGAAGUCACGAAAUGGUGUUCCAGGUUUAUCGCACCUUGAUUCUGCACAAGCUUGUGCUCAAGCACAUCUCCGAAUCGAUCUCGAUGCACCGGAAGUCAACAUGUUCAGAUUAAAUGGUGCUGCUGUUGUACUUGAAGAAGUGGAUGAAGAUGGUAAUCACCCAAUUCAUCCCAUCACAUUGGAAACAACCCUUUUGAGAGGUUGUGUCCUGAAAAACACAGCUUGGGUCAUCGGAAUAGUCAUCUUCACUGGAUCAGACACCAAGAUUAUCCAAAAUGCAGGUAGAACACCUUCGAAACGAAGUAAAGUUGAAAGACAAAUGAAUCCUCAGGUUUUAUUGAAUCUGUUCAUAUUGGCUUUGAUCGCAAUGGUCUGUGCUAUUGUCGAUCACUUCAAUGAAGUUAGAUGGAAUAACCAACAAUCUUAUUGGAUGUUAUACGCGGAUACAAAAGGUGAUAAUCCAAGUAUAAAUGGUUUAGUCACUUUUGCAAACGCUUUUAUCACUUUUCAAAAUAUCGUUCCAAUCUCCCUUUAUAUUUCAAUCGAAGCUGUUAGAACUAUCCAAGCUGCGUUCAUUUACUGGGAUAGAGCGAUCAAGUAUACUAAGAAUGGUGUCGUUACUAGAACUACAGCGAGAAGUUGGAAUCUGUCUGAUGAUCUAGGUCAAAUACAAUACGUCUUCUCGGAUAAAACAGGUACCCUUACUCAGAACGCGAUGAUAUUUCGACAAUGUUCAGUCGGUGGUCGUAUUUACACCGGUGAUGGAAAACCACCCACCCAUCCUACUCUCACCCAAAUCCACAGUGGACCUCAAGGCAAGAAGGCUUCUUCCGGAUCUAGCGAUUCCGACGAUACCGCUCAAGGUGCUGGUGAUGAAAAGACAGACGACGUGAAAGUCCUUUUACCUAAAGAUGUUCUUGCUCCCUUCCACGAUGAUGAACUCGACAAAGACCUCGCUGACCACGAUACUGAACAAUCACGAGUCCUACAUGGUUUCUUUGCCGUUCUCGGUCUCUGUCACACCGUCCUUGCUGCCGAACCCGAACCUGGAGUUAUUGAAUAUAAAGCUCAAUCGCCAGAUGAAGCUGCUUUGGUGCAAUCCGCCGCCGAUGUAGGUUUCGUUUUCAGAGGAAGAGAUCACAAUAUCCUCAAGAUGUCUACGCCUUUCUCUGACGAACCUGAUGAAUACGAACUCCUGCACGUGUUAGAAUUCAACUCUGCGAGAAAAAGAAUGUCUGUAAUUUUGAGAAAAUUGGACCAAGAUCAACGGAUCUUCCUUCUCACCAAGGGAGCUGAUAACAUCAUCUUUGAAAGAUUAGCAAAAGAUGGCGGUCAACAGGAACUUCGUCAAAAAACCGAUGCCGAUCUACAGUAUUUCGCUUCCGAAGGUCUGCGUACCCUUUGUUUAGCAUACCGAGUACUGGAUGAUGCGGAAUAUAACCAGUGGGCCAAAGAUUACCAUGAAGCCACGGUUGCUCUGCAAGAAAGAGAAGAGAGAGUCGAAGAAGUCUCAUCCCGGAUCGAGAGCGGUCUCGUCCUGCUAGGUGCAACUGCCAUUGAAGAUAAAUUGCAAGAUGGUGUUCCAGAGACUAUCACCGACCUGAAACGAGCUGGUAUUAAAGUUUGGGUUGCUACCGGAGAUAAAUUGGAAACUGCCGUUGCUAUCGGAUACACUACUAAUCUGUUAACCCAAGAUACCAAUCUCAUCGUAGUUCGAGAAGGUAGACAUUCGAUCCAGGAUCAAAUUCGUGAGGCGCUUGAUACAUUUUUUGGACAACAUGACCCUACAAGAAGUCUUUCUAGGACCAUUAGUUCACGUUCGCGACCUUCAGGUGAAGCUCCCCACCUUUCGAGAGUCAACACAGGCGUUCAAUCUUUGGUGGGAAGAGAUAAUGGAACGCGGCCGGGUGGAUUUUCUUUGGUCAUUGAUGGACAUGCUCUAACUCAUUGUUUCGACGACUCUGAAACGGAAGAACUCCUUCUAGCUUUAUCAACACAAUGUAAUACUGUCGUUUGUUGUCGAGUUUCGCCGCUUCAAAAAGCUCAAAUCGUUCGACUCAUCAAAGAUAAUCUCGGUGUGAUGUGUUUGGCCAUUGGUGACGGAGCCAAUGAUGUCAGUAUGAUUCAAGCUGCAGACGUCGGUGUCGGUAUCUCAGGUGAAGAAGGUCUUCAAGCUGUCAAUUCAUCCGAUUACGCCAUCGCUCAAUUCCGUUAUCUGAAACGACUGUUAUUCGUUCACGGUCAUUGGUCAUAUUACCGAAAUUCCUCUAUGAUUUUGAACUUCUUCUACAAGAAUAUCAUCGGUAUCGGAGUGUUAUUCUGGUUCAUGAUUUAUUGUGGUUGGUCGACUACAUAUGUCUUUGCUUAUAUCUAUCUAUUAUUCUGGAACGUCUUCUGGACAAUUAUGCCUGUCUUGGCUAUCGGUCUAUUCGAUAAAGAUAUCGAUGACGAAGCAUUGAUGGCUUUACCUGAACUAUAUCGAAAGGGAAGAGAAGGAAGUUAUUUCGGUAUCAAGAUUUUCCUCUAUUAUAUAUUUGAAGGGUUCUUCCAAACUGCCGUCAUCUAUUUCUUCAUCCACUAUACAUAUCUAACAACAACGACAAGAACAGAUGGAUAUGAUGUGUACAUUUAUGAAAUGUCAACAACAAUGGUAAUCGGAGCUGUAAUGGUGGCGAAUUUAUUCACUGGAUUAAAUAUCGAUUCCUGGACUAGAUGGACAUGGUUCGGAAUCUUCUUUGGACCGAUAUUAGUUUGGUUAUUCACUGCUGUAUACUCGAUUAUACCACCUUCAUCAUUUUACACUGGAGUUUACGGCAAUGAUGUCUUCUUAUUCCGAUCAGCAGCAUUUUGGCUCGGAUGGCCAUUCGUAUUGGUAGUAGCUUUAUUACCAAGAUAUAUCAUCCGAUAUUUGGAUCAAAAUGCGUUCGGAGAUGAUAUAGCUAAAAUGAGAUUAGUAAGAAAAUAUCAUCCCGAAGCAGAUCCUUAUACACAUCCUUCUCUAGGUGGCAAAUUGGGUGAAAAAGAUUCGUCUUCGAAAGAUCAAGAUGAAACAAAUGAACAACAAGAUGAUGGAAUUGCUUUGCAUCAAAUAAAUUCAAACUCAAACUUGCAAGGUAAUCAAAAUCAACAAUAUCAAAAUCAAGACUAUAAUCAAAUGGAACAGGCUACCAGCCAAAACAAUAACGAUAUAUCAAGGCCUAGCAUAGAAAGAAAUCCAAGAAGUUCAAUGACAAGUCAAAGAUAUGGUCUGAAUUCUCAAGCUAGAGGUUCUGCUGUUGAUAUGUCGACCGGUCUUUCUCAAGCGCCUUCAAGAGGCUAUGGAUUCACGAUGGAAGAAGGGGGUGUUGCUAUACAACGAAUGCAAUCACGUUUAUCAGUGAACUCGCAAGCGUCAAACCGAUAUAGAUUUAUACCUAAAAAAUCACAUGCAAACAAACCUCCUUCAGAGCCAUUCCAAGCUCAACCCAAAGGGAAUUCAUCAAUGGCUAGAAUGAGAGAACGUGCUGGAUCGAUAUUAUCCAGGAAAAGAGCCAGUACAGAUGCGACUUAUCAUUCGACCGGAACAGGAGGUGGAAUCCCUGAGACACCUACUAAAUCAGGUGGUUUCCUAUCUCCAGGCAACAACGGUGGAAGUGCAAGUACGAGUAGUCCAUUGAGAAAGAAGAAGAACUCAAAAUCACAUGAUAUACUAGAUGAUCCUACCGAAGAUAAGAAUCUAGGUAAAGAAUUGGGCAGUGGUCAAAAUAUGGCUCCUCCAGAACCACCGAGAGUAUAA